AUCUAUUUGUAACCUCGAGUAGGACGGGUGUGUGUCGCUCGUCGUGUCCGUGUCUAAACAGCAUAAAAUUACUGUAAUUUCCACUGCAAUUGUGGCGUGCGGUGCAGAUACUGUUAGUUCUAGUACGCGCCUGCCUUCGAUGUGGACAACUGCGUGGUAAAGUAAAAGUGCGUGGUCGGAAACUUAAUCGUUAUUUAGCUCACACCGUGGAAGAACGCGCAGUGGCAGCAGCAGCAGCAGCAGCGAGUGAAAGAAUUUCUUUCAUUGCAGGGCAAAGAAAACUUGCAAACAAAGUGAGAAAUAAAGAGAUGCUGUGCCGUGGUUUGGUCGCGAAUGAAGUUCGAGUGAUGCAUUAAAUUGCCGUGCGUGUAAAGUGUAAAGAGGCCGACGUGUGUUUGUCAUACUGCGAAGCAGCAGAGGUCUCGGAAUCUUGAUAAUCGGCACUUCACGGCCGCCCCUAAGUGUGUGUGUGUGUGUGUGUGCGUGCGUGUUUGUGUGUGCGUGUCCAGGUGGCUAGUGAAAUUCAACUUUUCCCAUCUGGCUGAAGUGUAAAGUGUGCAAAAGCGUCAAAAGCAUAGCGAAUGGAAUAAAUCUAUAGUUUAGCUAAAUAAUGUAUGCUGUACCGUGAAAAGUGUGUACGUGUAUGUGUGUGUGUGUGUGUGUGAAUGUGUGAGCUCACUACUACCACGGCAACCGUAACGAGGAAGCGAAAGUGUGUGUCGCGCGUGUGUGUUAUACAGGAAAGUGUGUUGUGUACGUGUGUGUGCGUGUCUCUGCGUAUGUGUGCACGCGAGCGUAUUGAAUGAAGGAAAGAAAAAUAAAAGCAAAACGAGUGGAAAGAAAUGAUGUCAAAACCGGAGCCCAAUUGAUGAGGCUUUCGCUGGAAGGUUGAUUUUUCCAUCCGUACGGAAGUGUUGCGAGCGCGCUACCGGAAGUGAACGGUUCAGGUGGUCGUGAAUUCGGGAGCAUUUGCACCAGCUGCAAAGGUCCAUCCUCCGCGACUUAAAUUCCACCCCAACCGGGCACUCGCUGUGCGUGCGUGUGUUCGAUUUGAUCGGGAGAGGUUGCUUGGAUUACUCAUCUCGGUGUCGAGAAUCGAACGACGGUGUGCCGAUUUCGUCAUCGGUACCGAUUUGUGCGGGGUUGCUGACAUACCAUCAACACCACCACCACCAUCAUUCUCUACCCCCCCAUCCAUCCCACUCUUCCCACUGAGAAGCGUACGGUUUUGUGGUUUCGGUGUGUUCUCUGUACGUGUACCGAAUCCGAAUCCUGGUCACGGCACCAACGGCGUUUGCAACCUGUUCUCAACGAUCACCGAUAUCGUGAGUGAGAGCAUAAGUUGCAGACAUUUUUGUCACUAUCCACCUGCUCCCCGCUACUCCUCCUGCUUCUCGUCCAACCUCCUGCACCUCUCAGUCACCUCCCGUUCACCUUACCAAUGCACGGCGAAGAAAAGCGUUGGUGAUGCAGUUUACAUCGUCCGCAACGCAUUGGUGAACUUUUACUGAGUGUGUGUGUGUGUGUAUGUGAGUGUGUGAGAGAGCACCAGAGAGCAAAACGGUUCGCCAAAGGAAAAACGCUACUAGAGAACCAUGGAAAACCAACAGCAGCAGCAGCAGCCACCAUCAACACGGUCGGCGUAUGACAUGGAAACCCAGGAAUCCAGAUUUGCCAAACAGAGGUCAUCAGUGAGAUGGCUGCUCUCGAAAGCGUACAACAAUCGUGUGCCAGAGAUACUGAAGGAUCCGUUCUACCGCGAUCACGAGGGUCAGGAUCACCUGAAGCCGCAGAUCGUGGUCGGGCUCGGCAAUGCGUCGAUCUACUGUCAGGUGUUGAGCAACAUCUACUCGGAUCCGAACUACCAGAGCCUGAACCACUGGUCGAUUCUGCAAACGCUGUCCCGCAAGGGUGUCCCAAUAAACGAGUCGUCCGAUCAGCCCCUCACCGAGACGGUACUCAUACAGACGAAUCCUCUUAGAAUUAAUGCACAUAUGACUGUGAUAGAAGCGCUGAUGGUGUUAUACGCUAAAGAGGUGGCUUCCAGUGGAAGAAUUUCCAGUGCUUUAGAGAGAAUAUCUGGCCGUAGUGUAGCGCCAACGGUUCAGCAUCAUGAAGCUGCCUUACUGAAUUGGAUUUCGCACGUCUGCGGUGCGCUGAAGAAACGCAUCGACUACGAACUGACGACUAACGGUGGCAGCGGAACAGUGGACGAAUACGGUCAACGGCACCAAAGCCCGGACGUUCCACCUGUGCGAGACUUUCGUGAACUGUGCGACGGUGUUUGCCUGGCUUAUCUAAUCUCGUUUUACUGUCCCAAACUAGUUCCUUGGCAUAGCGUUAAAUUCAACCACGUACCAACUAUUGAGGAUUCCAUUCACAAUAUUCUGAUAGUUAGUAACUUUUCCGAGCGAAGUUUGCCAUACACCGUGUUUCACAUGUCUCCCGAAGACAUAACCUACAUGCGAGGAUCAAUGAAACAGAAUCUGGUAGUGCUGUUGGCGGACUUGUUCAACCUUUUCGAAAUCCAUCCGGCCAAAUGUGUCUGCUAUCCGGGCAUGGAACAGCAGUCACCAGACGCAGCUGGAGCCGGCGCAACUAAUGAACACGGCAUUGCCCAUCGGCGAGGUUUCGCGAACCAACCGACGAUCGCGGCCAUUCCCGAUUUGCGUCCCGGGCUCGAUUCGCCACCGAGCAGCAGUGGCGGCAGCGGCACCAGCAGUGCUGGCGGUGGCAACGGCGGUAUUGGCUGCAGCAGUACCGGCGGCAAUGGUGCCAUUAAUCGGCCGCCGUUUCAAGUCAAUCGGUCACCAUCGGCCAGCACACUCAGGAAGCAUAUUUCAACCCGGGAAAUACCAGAACAGCACCAACCACAUCAGCUGUACCAGCAACAGCAAUCACCGUACCAGCAGCCGGAUCCUGACGAAGGAUUCGUUGUGCAUCGAAGCAAAGGAGUGCCAACAUUAUCAUCAAUGCAGGAACCACUGGUACCGGCCAGAAUUAGGCAGGCCAAGGAAAAGACAAACAAUGACUCGAAGGCCGAGGAACGAGGUGAUAGCAUCCCGGCAGGGCGGCCGAGCAAUUGGGAAGAGUCGCGCAAAACCAGCUUCUCAGGACGACGCUCACGGCGUAACUCGUUCAGCGAUGAUUCGCAGCUCACGAUCGAAAACUUUGGCGGAUCGCAGGAUCAACUCAACACCGUCGGGCGCUUUGAGCGUGAGCGCAAAAUCUCCAACACCAGCCUGACGUCCAUAGAACCGGUCGUACCGGCCCGCUCCUCGUUGGCGGAUGCGCGCGGCUCGAUCCAGUUCGGGUACGACACCGAUUCGGGCAACGAGAAGCAGGAUCGUGACACGGAAAAGUUGCCCGGAAGUAGCGGUGGCACAUUGCGCCGUCACAACAGUACCACGUUACAUUCCAACAGCAGCCCGAUGAGCCAUUCCGGCGAGUCGGGUAGCAACGCGGGCCGAGGUGCCAGCAGUUCCGUCGAACGCGACAUUGUCGAUGGCGAUGGUACGCCGCCGAUAGUGGGUAGUAGUGUGGCGGGAAUGACCAUGGCUUCCGCUGCAGCAGCAGCAGCAGCAGCUGCCGAGGUUGAGCUUACACCGCGCCGAAAGACAUCAUUUGCAACGUUGCCAAACACCACCACCUGGCAGCAGCAAGCCAUAAGCGUACAGAAAAUGGACGAUGUCGACGACACACAACCGCUGGAGGAUGCAACGAAGAUCUCGACGAUCAAGCUAAAGCUGGAAGAAAAGCGUCGUCUGAUCGAGCAGGAAAAGCGUCGCAUCGAAACGGCCUGGACGAAGCAGUUACAAACGGUUGGCAAACAGGCAUUUUUACAAGCAAUUAGCAAGAGCAAAAGUGGCAGCAAUGUCGCGGGCGAGCCGGACGAAUCCAUCGCGAAAGAUCCGAACGACGGGGCGACGGUAGUAGACGAUGAGAUUGUAGUUGAAAAGGCGGAACGACCAUGUUCCCUCAAGGAUUUGGAUGACCACAGCAAGUAUGAGCAGAAGUGGAAUGCACAAAUAAUCGAACCGAAGAAGACUCCCGAUCUGGAAAACAUGGACCUGGAACAGUAUCAACAAAGCAUUUCGAAAAUGAACUCCAACUUGCACGAUAUUCAGGCGGACAUACAGCGUCUCACGCAGCAGCAGAAUCAAAUUCAAGCCCAAACCCUGCAGGCACAGCAGCUACUGCAUGCGCAGCAGAUUGCCAAUCUGCUCAAUCAGCAAUAUGGAUCGCAGCAAAGCAUCCCGGCCAACACGUAUCGUCAGAUGAAUACUCAAAUGUUCGGCUCUAGUCCUCACCUGCCGCAGCAGCAGUCAUCGCCGAUCAAUUACGGGAUGCGUCCGCCCAGCCGCGAUCCAUACCUGCCGCAGCAGCACCAACAGCAGCCGCAGCAACAGCAGCAGCAACACACGAUGCAGUACAUCAACGAGCAGGGACAGUACGUGCAGCAGCAGGUGAAUUACGGUCACCAUUCAUCCAACAACAACAGCCAUCUAGUGUACAGUCGCGAACAAAGCCAAACGCAGCUGAUCAGUGAUCAUAACGGUGGAAAUCCGUACCGAACAAUGGGCAAGGAUAACCACCAGUACUCCUCGAACCCGUACUUGAACAUGGAUCACCAUCAGCAACAGCAGCAGCAGCACCAGCAGCAGCAGCAACAGCAACAGUUCUAUCAUCAAGAUUCGAACCACUAUCGGGAUCCGUACCAGCAGCAUCAACCGGAGCUGAAGGAUCCGCAACCCCAGCAACCACACGGAGGACAAUUUUUCCUGCACGAAAAUAACUCCACUCCGCCACAACCGACCCAACGCCGCACGUGGGCACAGUCGGCCGCGGCGUCCGGUGUACCGCUCGGCGGAUCGCCGAUCGGGCGUAACGACAGCAUCAACAACAGUAUGGUUGAUGUGAACGCCUGGAACCAUGGACCCAAGGCGAACACCAUCAUCGGCGGUGGGUACAACAAAUCCCCAGCACCGAGCGGUGGAUUCUCGCUCCACCACAACGGUGGCGAUGGAGAUAGUGGGUACGGUGGGGGCAGUGGUCGGGGUGGAAGCGGUGGCAGUGGCGGUAGUCAGCAGUCAUUCCAAAAUCUGUUCGAGGUGCAUCAUCCGCACCAUAAUCUUGGUGGCGGCCAAACGGCGGCCAGCCCACAGCAUAGCAAGGUGCGCAACCAAAUCUCGCAGAUGAUGAUCAGCAACGGUAACAGUCCAUCGACCGGAGCAGGCAGCCCAAUGAUGAUGGGUGGUGGUGGAGAUUAUCGUGACAAUCGCAGCAUGCCACUGUCGCCACCGAUCGACGAUAUGGCACCGCAAAGCAUCUCCUUUAUUGGCGAUGAGGACACGGGUGACAUUGAGAUCAACACGUCGAAGAGUGGUGGACGUAAUGAUAGCUUUGGCUUACGGCAGCAACAGCAGCACCAGCAACAGCAACAACUGGACGCACUGUACGGUAGUAGCAAAGGGCCGGGCGGAAUGCGGAACAAUGCCGGUGGCAAUGUACAGGAUCUGGACAAGCAUCUGAGCAAGCUGAACAUAACGAGCGGUAACCGUACUUACAGAAUACCGUCACCGACGAGACCGAGUCUCAACUCCAACAGUUUCCAUGACCCGCAAGAAGAUGUGAACGAGAAAGGAUUCUACAUCUCGUUCGACAACGAGCAGCCGAAGAGGCCAAAGCCACCGUUGCGGACAAAGCGCUCACCAAAGAAGGACAAAUCUCUUGCCAGCGAUUCAAGCGAGGGCGAAAAACGACGGGACAGCAUGAUCGAAAAGACGUCGUCACGAGAAACCAAUGCCAACAACAACAACUUUGGAACGUACAGUGUCAAGACGGCGGCCAGUUUCUCGAGCAGCUUCAACGAGGAACACAACGCGUCGCACGCGCGGAAGAGCAUCAUCGCCGAUAAUAGUGGCGUGUCGCCGUUCGAGCCGGUGGUGGUGCACAAGGUGAAUGUGGGGGGCAGUGCGGCCGCCCCACCGUCCCCGAUGAUGAUGAUGAUGCACCAGCAGCAGCAGAUGAACAUGGACCAUGGGGGUGACCGGCGGUACACGCUGGAGGACAACUCGAUCAGCGGCAACGGGCACUACAGCAGCCACAACAACAGCAGCGAUGGAUACGGCAGCGAGACGGAGCGUAAGGCGAAGAUCGUCAUCGAUGUGUCCAACGAUCAGACCUCCGUAGAUGAGAUGGAGCGGAAAAAGGAGAAAAUUAUGCUUCUGUCGCUGCAGCGGCGGCAGCAAGCGGAGGAAGCGAAAGCCCGCAAGGAGAUCGAAGCGAUGCAACGUCGUGAGAAGGAGCGGGAAAAGGAGGAGGAAAGGGCCCGCAAAAAGGAGGAACAGUUUGCCCGCCGUCAGGCGAUCCUUGAAGCACACAAGCUCAAGAAAGCCAUCGAGGAAGCGGAGAGAGAAGGAAAGACAAUCGAUCGUGAGCUGCAGCUGAAGCAUCAGAUGUAUCAGCAGCAGCUUCAUCAAACGGCCCACUCGACCACACCGACGCCCGCGGCCAAGCUGCGCACGCAGAAGCUGACCCGUCCCCGACCGAAAACGAUUCACGUCGAGUCCGGCUCGGUUGAUCUGAGCGAAGCGUCCAGUUUGAGCAGUCGGGGCAAGAAGGGUUCCAACUCGAAUUUGACCGGUCUCGGUAUGCAUAGUGCCUCGAACACGAUACGUCGAGACUACUACCGGGGAUCGCAGGAUUCACUAGCAAUCAGAGAAUCACCGGACGAGUAUCCCAGCAGUAGUUCAACGCCGAUCGGACGCCGUGGAUCUUACAAAACAGGAAGAGAACCAGCCACGAUCGAACGGGGCCGCACACUGUCCCGUAUCUCGCUAGCGAAAGGUGCCAAUUUCCGGGGACGUAAAUCAAACUCCCUAAUGAAUCUAUGCGACUCCGACUCGGGAUUGGGCCGGGCGACACCACCGAGGCGCGCACCGUCACCGGGAAUGGGUCCGUCGAGCCGCCAUCUGCCUUCGCCGUCCGGUCCGGGCUCGCUACCGCCCGGGUUGAUCACGAAGCGGCGCGGCUUUGACGAUGGUUCCAGCGACAUCUCGUCCAACGCGAGCUCCAUGAUGGAUUACAACGGACCGCGAUUGUACAAGCAACCGGCAACGAAAUCGAACCGUGGCAUCAUUCUGAAUGCGGUCGAGUACUGUGUCUUCCCGGGUGCGGUAAACCGCGACGCCAAGCAAAAGGUGCUGGAAAAGAUUGCCCGCUCGGAGGCGAAGCACUUCCUGGUGCUGUUCCGCGAUGCCGGCUGCCAGUUCCGCGCCCUGUACGGCUACUGGCCGGAGAACGAGCAGAUCAUUAAGCUGUACGGUACCGGGCCGAGCCAGGUCGACGAUGUGAUGUUCGACAAGUUCUUCAAAUACAACUCGGGCGGUAAAUGCUUCACCCAAGUGCACACCAAACACCUCACCGUAACGAUUGACGCGUUCACGAUACACAACUCGCUGUGGCAGGGCAAGAAGGCGAACCUGCCGAGCAAAAAGGAUAUGGCACUGGUGAUUUGAGGCCCGCGCACUGUUCGCAGCCCGCUACUGCCCGCUACUCGUCCUCCGCCUCCGCCACCACACUCUUCCACCUCUACCAGUAUCGCGCGUCAUCAUCCCACCUUUCCACGGACAGUGGUGGCAUCGGCUGCCCAUCGGCAGUCGCAUAGUAUUCAUGGUUCUCUCGACACAUAAACACUAGCUAAGGAGCAGAAGGCCUGAGACCCUCUCCCCCGGUCCGGAAAAGUGGACAGGUGUUUACUCUCGUCACGUUACCCUAAGGGAUGGAUGGUGGAAUGUAUUGCACAUGGCUAAACAUUUACAAUCUGUUUAUUUUCACAUUGUUUCAAUGUAUAUUUGGAAUGUUUAUUUUUUUCUUUUGCUAACUACAAAAGUAGUGAAUAUUUUUCAUUCUUCUUUGUUUCAUUUGAUUUCCUGUCAUUUUCUUGAAUAUACACAUUUAUUGAUUAUGUCCCCAUGUAUGUGUUAAUGAUGCGCGCCCCUUAAGCUGCCGUUUUACCCUAUUGUCUCUAACACAUUGAAAUACAGUUCACGAAAAGACAACCAGUUGUGGAAGACGGGCAAUAACGCAUUGGGAAGUGCCCAAGUCAGAGUCACCCCCCUCUAGUUAGGCUAGCCUAGUAAAGAUUGAUGCUUGAUACUCUGCUCCUCUGUCGCCGCUUUCUUGCUCGUUUUGAAACACGGCAAGUAAGUCAGGAAUUUCAAUUUCCGAACGGAGAAGUAGAAGACCCCUCUUGAACCUGAAUGUUCGGGGUUUAUUCUAACACACACUAGCGCGUUACGACAUUCCUGCAACUAAUAUUUAUCUUUUCCCCCAUUCGAAAACAAUCUGUUUUGGUUAAUGAGAACCCCCAUUUCGCUCUAGUGUCGUUUUGUUUGCCCCCUCUUUUUGUUGUUGGAAGCUGUAAGUUAGUAGGGUUAAUAGAAGCAGCAAAACCAUUACGAUUAAAUCCAACUGAUAGCAUUAUGACAAGCAAUUGUAAGCAUAUAAAUUAAAAGAGAAAGUCGUUCGAUACCAUAAUAUAGCGACGCGCGAAAAACAAAAAGAAAAGAUUAUUAAAACCAGAGCUAGGCGAAUCGAAUUACUAAGCAACGUGUGAAUGCGCAUUAAAACCUGCUAUUAAAUUAUUAAUACACGCAAAACCAUUACCGUUAACGGAGGAGUGAAGGAUGUGCGCUCGGGAGAUAUUAUUGUAACGAAAAAGCGAGCGAGCGAGCGAGCGAGCGAGAGAGAGAGAGGGAGAGGGUGGCGAGACAUAAGUAACAACAAAGGUUAUAAAUUAAAGACUAAUUAUAUUAUAUCAGCUAAUUAUAUUACUCGUUAACCUGUUUUUUUUUACAUUCAUUUAGUUAUCCCCCUCUAUUUGCUCCUCUCUCUCUCUCUCUGUCUGUGUGCUUGGUCUCGCUCGGUCUCUAAUUAUUUUGCCUUAAAUGUGCAAAACGAGUCGUACAGCUAGGCGGUCGUCUGAUGGUUAACGCAAAAACACACACUCACACAAUCUGUAAGGAAUAAUUCCUACACAGUCAAGAGAAAUAUGAUAAGAUGAUUAUCAUUACUAUUACUACCGUCACUCCCUGCGACGAUCAGCAUUGUUUAUUUGCUCCUGAACCGUCUUGUUUUCGAGAAGAAGAAAAAAAAAAAAAGAAUCGACCUAAUACUACUACCUUUACCGCUACUCGCGUGUGUAACAUUUUAUGUUAUUACUCUAUUAUUUGUGUAUAAAAAAAAACCCCCGCUGCUUAUAAUUAAUACCUUUGCUUCGAGGGGGCCCGCACGCACGCAAGUCAUCCUCUGCGCCCAGCGGAGCGGGAACCCCCUGAAAGCCUGAUUGGCCGGGCGAAGGAAGUAGAAGGUCUGUUUGAGUGAGUGAGUCGCAGCACAGGCGCCCUCCCCCCGCUAAACCGUCAUUUUUUUAUAAUACUUAAGUUAAAUCAAAGAACAAAUAUAAUCGUUUUUAUUAAUACUUA